AUGCCCCCGACUACUACUCAGCUCAAAGACGAGGGAAACAAGCUGUUUUCCCAAAAGGAUUUUUCUGGCGCUAUCCUCAAGUACACUGAAGCGAUUGCGGCAGAUAACGACAAUGCUAUCUUGUACGCGAAUCGAGCGGCGUGUUAUUUGAAUACAAAAGAAUAUCUCAAUGCAGCCAGCGACGCCAGACAAGUGAGCACUCAACUUCGCCACGACGCCAUCGAUCCAAAGUGCGCAAAAGCCUAUGCACGGCUGGCUACUGCUCAUGAUAUGGUUAUGGAGUAUUGGCAGAGUGUUAAAGAUUGGCAAAACGCGCUAGAUGCCCUUUCCACGGAGAAUCCGUCCACUGCUCAAGUCAGGAAGCGUGAGCAGUACCAGGCUGGUCUUAACACUUCUCGAGCAGCUUUGGAGGACUUAAAGGCCCAACCGGAACGAUCUUUUACGUUGUCAGCGCGUGAUACCUCCCAGCUUCCUUGGACCGCUGCGGAGGCUCUUCUCCCGCGGCUCGCUUCAGAAGGCAACUAUAACAGCAGUGCUUGGGUCAUUUACUCUGCUGCCCAGGAAUUUACCGACGGUGUCAGCAAGAUGAAGACCACGAAGAAAGUUGGCGUAGCUUUAAUGGGGCACUUGGGUGUCCUUGCUUCCAUCAGUAAUGCCGUCCUCGCAGAUAAUAGAACAUUUCAUAUUUCAGACCCUCAGUUUGUUUCCAUGUAUAACCUGCAGGUGCAACUUGAAGCGACGAGAAGCGGAGCAUGGACUGAUGGAGGACCCGCUCAAGUUAAGAAAGAAGUGCAGGCACGAUUGCAGACAGAUGGAUGGAGCAAUGUCCGUCCUGCAAUCAGUGUCACGGUUCGCUGCUUGAUUAUGAGAGCAUUCAUGGAAGGCCGAUUUAGGGGUCUCCGUGCUCUCGAGCUAGAGUUUCUAAUCACGGUUCUCGAUAUCUUAGAAUGGGGUCGUGAAGUCUUCCGUGAUGUUCCUAGGUGUGAACGCGGCACGGUGUUUGACUUGACCUUUGUGCGGGGGGUUCGGAACAUGCAUCUCCACGCACUAAUGGAGGCGUAUGCUGAAAAACCUGCUGGUAAUGAACAGUACCUGGAAGAACUGUUAAAAAGAGCGAACGAUCUGAUACGUGCAGUCGAUGAAAAUCCACCUCCUGAAUCACUGCGGACUAUUAAUCCGGGAUUCAAGCUUGCGUAUUAUGGUUAUUGUAAAGGACAUGCUCUUGCAAUGAAAGGAUUCUACUACAAUAAAAUUGGAAACUCCGAAGCUUCUAAGGAUGGGGGAAAGGCAAUUCGGUCAUAUUCUGCUGCUGGGCAUGCCUAUCUUGCCGCGGCUGAAUGCUUCCCACCAGACGAUGAGUGCUACAGCUGGUUCCUGCAUUGCGCCAUUCAGGCUAUGUGGGGCUGUGGCACCCCUGUAGCUGUUCAACUGGAAGCAAUGGAGAAGCUGCGGAAAUCACUUCCUGAGGUUAAAAAAAUCUGGUCAUGUUCUCAGAUGAGUAAGGGUGGAGCCAUUCAGCUUUGUGAAAGCAUGAUCAAGACCGAGACCAGCCUCCGGGAUAUGGUUGCUAAAGGAGAGUUGUCCUUGGAUGAUUGCGUCAGUCCUCAGGAACUCUAGAAUGAAGCAUAUGCAAAGGGUGACCUUCACAAUCUAUAAUUGUAUCAUAACAUCUUCUCUCGUUGUCGAUUGUACACGCGUUCUGUAUCAUACAUGCUUCUCCCUUCUGUAUACUUGUGAUCAAUAUAGAGGUUUACUCGAUCAUUGCACAGCAGGUGUUCAAGUUCUCAGGGGCAAAAGGAGUGCCUCUGUGAGAGAUAUCUACAACUCAAGAGCUGGAACUAAGCUGCUCUAAAAAAAAAUCGGGUUACAAAGAAAUGUACGAAGUAAUCCUGCCUGCCCAGCAUCAUGUCUCCCCUACACUCUCAGAAAGUGGCAAGGAUCAUGAGCGGGAAGGAUUCACGCAACCACUCAAUGGUGCCGUAAGAACAUAAGUAAACAAGAAGAGAAAAAGGCUGCCAGGG